GAUUACGCCGCCCGCUCUGCCAUCACUAAUUUCUGGAUCGUCCCGUCUCGUGUAUUUUUGUUCCGGAUUUUUUGACUGAAAAUGCACUUGCUGCGGACCCUUCGCCAGCUGAAUGGCCUCCAAGGAGUGCGGCAGGCCAUCCGCCGUUCCUCGGCUCCCACCAAACCCGCCACCCUGCAGUACGAGCGGGAUCCGCAGCCGCUCUUUACGGAUGCCGAAACCCAGCGGCUGCUCCAGUCCAUGACGCAACUGAACUUGGACAAGGUGUAUCGCCACCGGACGGUGGCGGACAACAGCAGCGAAACGAAGUUCAUGACCAACGAACAGCUGGACAACGAGUUCCGAAUGGUGGUGCGGGCCCAGCACAUGCUCCAAAUGCCACAUGUGGAGAUCAAAAAGGAUGUGGAGCGGGUGAUAGCCAAGGAUCCGGCGCUCAAGGACUUCGACACCACCAAAUAUGUGUUCACGGACAUCACUUUCGGUCGGCGGCAGUCGGAGCGAAAGGUAUUUGUCCGGGAGACGGACGGAACCUUGGCCCACGCCACUCUGGACACCACCAAGCGAAUGAACCAGCUGUAUUUCCCACUGGAGGGUCGCCAGUCGUAUACUCCUCGCAUGUUUGCCUUGGAAGAGCUGCUGUCCAAGUGCCUGGCGGAGCACAAGUAUGAGUUCAUCCUGGACCCUCUGGUGCAGUACGAGCCCCAUGAGCCCGAGUUCCAUAAUAUUUCAGCGCGCGUCUUUGAGCAUCUCAACGAGUCCAAGCAGUUUGAACUCCUGCGCUCCACCCGUCACUUCGGACCCAUGGCCUUCUUCUACGCCUGGCAUCGCUGCAUCGACGAUCUGCUGUACGACAUGAUCCGCCGAGAUUUGCACAAUGCCGUGGAGUUGAUUGCCUUGAGCUACAAAGUACACAAAAUCCCCGUGGAAUAUCAGGCUACCCUGACUGAGCUGGAAAAACUGCAUCAAACGCCGGCGGAGCGGGCUCGCGAGUUGAGGAGCGUUUUCCGAAGACCGGACGAGAAGCAGAGCAUUGAGCAGGAGAUCCACAGUGCCAUUGGCAAAACGGAGCCUGAUUUCGCCGCCGAUGAGAUCAGUUUAAAGUUCAUCGAGCAGUAUAUUGCCAGCGAACAUUCGCUGAAGAAGGUGCAACUGGAGCUGGCGGUGCAGACCCUCAAGGAAGUCAAUCGAGAGAAACUCUUGCUGUUCCAGGGUUUGAAGAAGGCCCACGGCGUUCAAGCUUCGUAGGAUCUUCUCGCUUUAUUGUUAUUGAUUUCUAUAUUCUAAUAAAUACCAGAUAGGUCAAAGAUUUGUA